CGCGUACACACUGCCACUGGAAACAUGUUUCUGCCGGAAACAUUGUUUUCUGCGAUGUUUCGCAAAUGUUUCCGACUUUGUUUCUGGUCUCUGUUUCCGUCCACACUGGCGGCAAACAUUUCUCGUGUGUUCACGCCGUCUGCAGUGCCCCUUGUGUUCUAAUCGUCUGCUGCUGCGUUAUGUCUGGUGUCGAAGAAUCAAUAAUGAUAUGUGGAGCUGCAUUAUUAAUGCUAGAAGGUUUACACAAACAAAAUGAAAGGCGUCCUCGUCGUUGGUGGAGAAAAACAUUCUAUAGAAGAACUGGCGGAAAUAACCUGCUACGUGAGCUGAGUAUGGAAGACGGCUCUGGCUUCCGCAACUUCACUCGGAUCUCACCUACCGAUUUUGAAUAUCUGGCAAAUAUGAUAUCACCAUUUGUUUCAAAAAAGGACACGAAUUUCAGGAAAGCUAUUUCAGUCAACCAAAGGCUUGCAGUUACUCUUCGUUUUCUGGCAACAGGAGAUUCAUUUCAGAGCCUUGCGUAUUUAUUUUGCAUUUCGAAACAAGCAAUAUCUAAAGGAGUAUCCGAAGUAUGUGGAGCUCUGGUGGAAGUACUGAAGGAUUAUGUAAAGAUACCUGCGACUGAAAACGACUGGAGUGAAACAGCAUGUUUAUUCUCACAGAUUCUUCAGUUCCCCCAUUGUGUCGGAGCAAUUGACGGGAAAGAUAUCGUGCUACAGUGCCCUGUUGGUAGUGGAAGUGAAUAUUAUAAUUAUAAAGGUUCAUUCGGCAUUGUGCUGCUUGCUGUCGUCGAUGCCAGCUACAACUUUUUGUACGCAGAUAUCGGCUGCCAAGGCAGAAUAUCAGAUGGUGGUGUGUUCAAAAACGCGAGCAUAAAUGAGUUAAUUAACAAAAAGAAACUUAACUUGCCACAUGCCGAAUGCUUACCAGGUAGCACCAAGGCCCUACCAUAUGUUUUUGUAGCAGACGAUGCUUUUCCCUUACAGGAAAACAUUAUGAAACCCUACCCGGGAAAACAUGUUAAAGGUUCAAAAGAGAGAGUUUUUAAUUACAGACUUUCAAGGGCCAGAAUGGUUGUUGAGAACACUUUCGGCAUUAUGGCUUCAGUUUUUCGUGUGUUUAGAAAACCUAUGUUGCUACAACCGGAAAAGGGAAAUACUGUCACACUUACAGCUGUAUGUCUCCACAAUUUUUUAAGGCAAAAUGCUGCGGCAAGGAACCAGUACACCCCACAUGGAAGCUUCGAUUCCUACAAUUUACAAACAGGUGAAAUGAUUCCAGGCACAUGGAGACGAGAUGACACUGCAUCAGUUUUCAUUUCAGCACAGAACAUACCAAGGAAAGCUGCUUCCACGAAUAAACAAAUUCGAGACGAAUUUGCUAAUUAUUUUUUAAGCCCACAAGGAAGUGUACCGUGGCAAAAUAACUAUGGGUGAAUGUGACUGUGUACUAUAAAAU